GAGGCGGACGGGGACCCUUCCAAGGAGACGGAGUGCAGGCUGAAGAGCAUCACGGUGUCGGCGCUGCCUUUCCUGAGGGAGAACGACCUGAGCAUCAUGCACAGCCGUCGGCCUCCGAGCCCAAGCUGCUCUUCUCGGUGCGCAAACGAUUUCCCCGGGGAGAUGGUGGUGGUCGACGACCUGGAGAACACAGAGCUGCCCUACUUCGUGCUCGAGAUCUCGGGCAACACUGAAGACAUCCCAUUGGUGCGCUGGAGGCAGCAAUGGCUGGAAAAUGGCACACUCCUCUUCCAUAUCCACCACCAAGAUGGCACUCCCAACCUGCCCGGUCUGGAACCCACAGAAGAACCCCAGAGCGAAUCAGCAGAAGAAGAGCUGAGGAUCCUUCACAUCUCUGUCAUGGGGGGCAUGAUUGCCUUGCUGCUUUCCAUCCUGUGCUUGGUAAUGAUCCUGUACACCCGCCGGCGCUGGUGCAAGCGCCGCCGGGUGCCGCAGCCGCAGAAAAGCGCCAGCGCCGAGGCAGCCAACGAGAUCCACUACAUCCCCUCGGUGCUGAUCGGGGGCCACGGCCGCGAGAGCCUGCGGAACGCCCGGGUGCAAGGCCACAACUCCAGUGGGACCCUGAGCAUCCGCGAGACCCCCAUCCUGGACGGCUAUGAAUACGACAUCACGGACCUGCGUCACCAUCUGCAGAGGGAGUGCAUGAACGGAGGCGAGGACUUUGCCAGCCAGGUCACCAGAACACUGGACUCGCUGCAGGGGUGCAAUGAGAAGUCAGGCAUGGACCUUACGCCAGUUUUUGCCUUAAAUUCUUCCUGUUCAGGAAGUGACAAUGCCAAGCUGUCCUUGAUGAACAAGUAUAAGGAUAAUAUCAUCGCCACCAGCCCCGUGGACUCCAACCAUCAACAGGCUACGCUCCUGUCUCAUACUUCCAGUAGCCAGCGAAAGAGGAUCAGUAACAAGUCACGAGCUGGCUCUGCGUUUCUGAACCCUGAAGGGGAUUCUGGGACAGAGGCAGACAACGACCCCCAGCUCACCUUCUACACAGAUCCAUCACGGAGCAGGCGGCGAAGUCGGGUAGGUUCACCAAGGAGUCCCGUUAGCAAGACUACCCUGACCCUCAUCAGUAUCACCAGCUGCGUCAUUGGCCUGGUCUGCGCCUCCCACGUCAACUGCCCGCUUGUGGUCAAGAUAACAUUGCAUGUUCCGGAGCACCUCAUCGCUGAUGGAAGUCGUUUUAUCUUGCUAGAAGGCAGCCAGUUGGAUGCCAGUGACUGGCUAAACCCUGCCCAGGUGAUUCUUUUCUCCCAGCAAAACUCCAGUGGGCCCUGGGCAUUGGACCUCUGCGCUCGACGGCUUCUGACCCCUGUGAACAUGAGUGUGACCCUGAAACUGGUAGGUGGCUGCUGUGUGAAGAUGGGCGAGUGCCUUUGCUACGAAGGUUACAUGAAGGAUCCAGUGCAUAAACACCUUUGCAUCAGGAACGAAUGGGGCACAAACCAAGGGCCAUGGCCAUAUACCAUAUUCCAACGUGGAUUUGAUUUGGUGCUGGGAGAACAACCUUCUGACAAGAUAUUCAGAUUCACCUAUACUCUUGGGGAAGGGAUGUGGCUGCCGUUGAGCAAGAGCUUUGUCAUCCCACCCGCCGAACUGGCCAUCAACCCAUCAGCCAAGUGCAAAACAGACAUGACAGUGAUGGAGGAUGCCGUGGAGGUCAGGGAAGAACUGAUGACUUCCUCCUCUUUUGACAACUUGGAGGUUCUUCUGGAUUCAUUUGGGCCAGUUCGGGACUGCUCCAAGGACAACGGUGGCUGCAGCAAGAACUUCCGCUGCAUUGCAGAUCGGAAAUUGGAUUCUACGGGUUGCAUGUGUCCGCCUGGUCUCAGCCCCAUGAAAGACGGCACUGGCUGCUACGAUCGCCACAUUGGUGUGGACUGCUCGGACGGAUUCAACGGUGGUUGCGAGCAGCUCUGCCUGCAGCAGAUGGUGCCUUUGCCAGAAGAUCCUGUUCUAUACAAUAUCCUUAUGUUCUGUGGAUGCAUCGAAGAUUACAAGCUAGGCAUAGAUGGCCGAUCAUGCCAGUUAAUCUCGGAGUCGUGUCCAGAGGGUGGCGACUGUGAAGAGAGCCGAGAGCUGCCCAUGAACCAAACUCUCUUUGGGGAGAUGUUCUAUGGUUACAACAAUCAAACUCAGGAGGUGGCACCUGGGCAGGUGCUGAAGGGGACGUUCAGACAGAAUAACUUUGCCCGUGGUUUGGAGCAGCAGUUGCCAGAUGGCUUGGUGUUGGCCACUGUUCCACUAGAGAACCAGUGCCAAGAGGAGCUCUCUGAGCCAACCCCUGACCCAGAUUUCCUUACCGGGAUGGUGAACUUCAGUGAGGUGUCUGGGUACCCUCUGCUGCAACACUGGAAAGUGCGCUCCGUCAUGUACCACGCCCAGCUCAACCAGCUGACAAUCUCCCAAGCUUUUGGCAAUGCCCUCCAUUCUCUGGAUGGAGCCACAUCCCGAGGAGAUUUUGUGGCCCUGCUGGACCAGUUUGGCAACCACUUUAUACAAGAAGCUGUCUAUGGCUUUGAAGAGUCCUGCUCCAUCUGGUAUCCCAACAAGCAAGUCCAAAAACAGCUCUGGCUGGAAUAUGAAGAUAUCAGCAAAGGUAACUCCCCAUCAGAUGAGUCCGAGGAGCGUGACCGAGAUCCCAGGGUCCUUACGUUUCCAGAGUACAUAGCCAGCUUGUCAGAGUCAGGAACCAAGCGCAUGGCAGCCGGCGUGCGCAUGGAAUGCCAGAGCAGAGGCCGCUGUCCAUCACCCUGUCCUCUGUGUCAUGUAUCCUCUGGCACAGACACUGCACCUGAGCCGAUCCUCCUGGAGGUCACCAAAGCAGCACCCAUUUAUGAGCUGGUCCCCAACAAUCAAACUCAGAAGCUGUUGCAAGAGGCCACCAUGAGUUCCCUAUGGUGCUCAGGCAGCGGGGACGUCAUCGAGGACUGGUGUCGGUGUGACUCAAGUGCCUUCGGUGCUGAUGGGCUCCCAGCCUGUGCUCCCCUCCCGCGCCCUAUGCUGAGGUUGUCCACUGUUCAUGAACCUAGUAGCUCCCUGGUAGUUCUGGAGUGGGAGCAUUCGGAACCCCCAAUUGGAGUACAGAUCGUUGACUACCUCAUCCGCCAGGAGAAGGUGACUGACCGCUUGGACCAUUCCAAAGUGGAAACUGAGACGGUGCUGAGUUUUGUGGAUGACAUCAUCUCUGGGGCCAAGUCGCCCUGCGCCAUGCCAGCGCAGGUGCCUGACAAGCUGUCCGCCACCAUCUCUUUGAUCAUCCGCUGCCUGGAACCUGACACCACCUACAUGUUCACUCUCUGGGGUGUGGAUAACACAGGGAGACGUUCAAGGUCAAGUGACGUGACCGUGAAGACUCCUUGCCCGGUGGUGGACGAUGUGAAGGCCCAAGAAAUAGCAGACAAGAUCUACAACCUCUUCAAUGGCUACACUAGCGGGAAGGAGCAGCAAACAGCCUACAACACCCUGCUAGACUUGGGCUCACCAAGCCUUCACCGGGUCCUGUACCAUUACAACCAGCACUACGAGAGCUUUGGGGAGUUCACCUGGCGAUGCGAGGAUGAACUCGGGCCCCGAAAAGCUGGUCUCAUUCUCUCCCAGCUUGGGGACCUCAGCACCUGGUGCCAUGGCCUCUUGCAGGAGCCCAAGAUUGGUCUCCAGCGUAUGUCGCUCAAAUUCCUUGCGUGCCGUUACAGCGAGAUCAAGCCAUACGGAUUCAGCUGGAUGGAGCUGAGUCGGGACCUCAAGAAAACGUGCGAGGAGCAGAUGUUGAGUGUCCUCUACAAUGACUACGGGGACAGAGACAACUGAGAGGAAUCGAGGAAAGAAGACAAAGGACUUCCUCAGAGUCGGGAGGAAGACAGGGAGUUUGUAGGUGCAGGAUGGGUGGGUUUUGUACAUGGAUCUUCAGGGCACCAGAUAGAUCUCUAGGACAAUGUUUAACCAAGAAGAGAAGAACUCACUCGCUGCAUUGGUUAGCCCGGCUUGACGCGGUCAACAAACUUCUGACAUUUUCAAGCUGUGUGGGACCCAGUGGGUGGUGUUUGGUAUUUUGGGUGGGUGGGGGGGAUUGCUCUGCUAAGUUCGCCAAGAGGUUCCUCAGAGUGGUGUGGGGAGACAAAGGGGCGUGUGCGUGUUUUGGGGAGAGAAAUCCUCCUUCACACUGGGGUACAAAAAGUGGCAGCCUGCUCUCUUCCCCACACCCAGUAUAAUUUCAACCGAACAGCCAAGACCCAAGAAAAUAAGGGGGUCACUUUUUUGGGACUGAAAAAUGGAGGAAGAAAAAAUGGAGACAGGUUCAAAGGAAGGUAUAAAAUGCUUGGAAUGAGAUGGAUUAAUACCCUAUCUUUUACAGAGAAAGGUUUGUGCCUUCUUGUGGUUUCAGCUGCUCUCUGACAUGUCUCCAUUAAAGCAGGCGCCUCCGCUUAUCCAUGCCACUGUAGAGAACUUUUUCUAGGGUGUAGCUAAGAGUUUUUCUAUCUGUGGCCCCCAUGGCUGCCUUUAUGGCCUGUGACUUGAAUGUACUUCGUUUUGAUGCAUCGGGAUCAGCUCAGACACCGCCAGGUUGCAGGGUGGCAGGAUCCGCAAUAUAGCACAGAAGCUUCCUUAGCUUAAUAUGCUGGGGACGAGACCAAGAUCAGAGACUACAGCAUAUAACGAAACUGGAUUCUGCCACCAGGAAAUGAAAGUAGAAUAAAUUAUGCAAGUAUAAUUUGUUUAUUUGGUUUUUU